GGGCCCUUUUUGUUACGUUUAAAGAGUUUUAUUCCUUUUACAUAUACAGAGCUUCCCCGGGCAAUUUUGAUAAUUGCUUAUCUGCGUGCUCACUAGAGAUUAUAUUUGGAAUAAAACUCUUCCUUUUUAUUCUAUAUUUUUUUACUCUUCUCUCUUCACCCAAUCUAUCAAAUAUAUCUUGUCCAUACAUACACAGCAUGAAAAACUCCCACCGAUUCUAUGGAACCGCAACAAUAAUUAGUGCUACAUCAAGUCAAAAUAGUGUUGCUGGCAAUAUUGAUUCAUUGACAAAAGCCGAUUUGGAUUUAUUACAAUCAGAACGGCCGGGAUAUGGCACAAGGUCGAAAAUAGAAAGUGCUUUCAAUUUAGUGAAUAGUACUGUUGGUGCCGGCAUUAUUGGGUUACCCUAUGCUGUCUAUCUUGCUGGCUUCUAUAAUGCCAUUUUUCUCUCCAUAUUAGUUUCAAUCAUAUCUCAGUUGGGUCUCCAUAUGUUAGUUGUUUCCGGUCAGCGGGUAAAAGCCUAUAAAUUUGCAGAUUUGUUAGAGGCAGUCUUCGGAAGAUCAGGUUAUUACUUUUUAAAUGCCCUGAUAAUAUUGCAAGCCGGUGGCUCAUGCGUGAGUUAUUACAUAUUACUUGGAGACACUAUACCCGUGCUAUUACAGCUAUACUUCCCUCAGUACCCACGUAUGACCGAUAGAUCACUUGUUAUAUCACUCAUUGCUAUUUUUUUUAUACUCCCACUCAACUUAUCGCGAUCAGUAGGCUCUGUAGCCAGAUGGUCCAUCCUGUCUGUUCUAUGCCUUCCUCUCAUCGUUCUUACAUUACUCAUCCGUGCCCCUGCUUAUUCGAAAUCACAUGAAGCUCCUCUAUCAUGGCAGGGACCCGAUCUGUUCGGUGCCCUCGGUAUCUUGGCAUUUGCCUUUGCAUGUUCUCAUGUUUGUUUUAAUGUUUUUCUCAGUCUGAAAGAUCAGCGGAUCAAAUCUUGGACCAUCACUACGACAUUUGCUUCAGUCAUGAGUUGGAUCGCGUCUAUCUCAUUUGCUGUUGUCGGAUACAUCAGUUUUGGUCAGGAUGUUCAAGCCAAUCUAUUCUUGAAUUUCCCUAAUAAUGAUAACAUUGUUAACGUUGGUCGAUUCGCCUUAGGCUUCAGUAUGAUCUUGACAGUUCCCAUGGGUUUCUAUCCAACAAGAGAAGCCGUACAAAAACUAUUGCAAUUAGAAACAGCGACACGUCAACCGAGCAACUUGGAGCACUUUUCUGUUACUGUUAUAUUGUUUACUCUUAUUACUCUAUUAGGCAUCAAAAUACGAUCAUUGGGCAAAGUAUAUGCUCUUAUUGGUGGUUUCGCUGCAACAUUUUUAGCAUACAUUUUACCCGCUGCGGCUUGUCUUGUCACGCGACGUCGCCCUGUCGUUAUUGCUGCCAAUAGUAACUGUAGUCUAUUCAAUAAGAGACAUGUAAUUCAUGCAAGCUCAUCCGAAGCGAUGGCAACAGCAGGUGAACAUGAGCCUUUAGUGACUCCAUCAACUUUAGUAGAUAUUGCAGUUUCGGCAACUGAUUUGGCUUUGAUGCCAUCUACUAUUUCUUCCGAGUCAGAAUCAUCUGCUGGUACGACUGUGAAAAAGAAUGACGAUUUUGAUGAAGUUCAUAUAACAUUAAUUGAGUCAGUGGUGUUAGAGGAAGAGCAAGUGGAAGACGAUGUUAUUAGAGACGAAGUAGAAGAAGAAAUCCCUAAAUUUGGUUGGCUGGAUGCCUCUGCAAUAUUUUUGAUAGUAUGGGGUUUUAUAGUAAUGGUGUUCGCAACGGGUGGAGCGUUCAAAUAGAGAUAGUUGGUAGACACAUAGAUUAAAUUCAUUUACUAGUUGAUUGUCUUUUUACACUUUUGUUUAGAAUUUUGCAUGUCUUUACAAUAAACUUCUAUCCCUUCGAAUGGGACACAGCAGCAU